AUGGGUGUUACUGUUGAAAGAAUUGCUCCUGGUGAUGGUGUCAACUUCCCUAAGAAGGGUGACAGAGUUACUAUCCACUAUGUUGGUACUCUUGAAAACGGUCAAAAGUUCGAUUCUUCUCGUGACCGUAACUCUCCUUUCCAAUGUACUAUUGGUGUUGGUCAAGUCAUCAAGGGUUGGGAUGAAGGUGUCCCUCAAUUGUCUGUUGGUGAAAAGGCCAAGUUGAUCUGUACUCAUGAUUAUGCUUAUGGUGACAGAGGUUUCCCUGGUUUGAUUCCUCCUAGAGCCACUUUGAACUUUGAAGUUGAACUUCUUAAGAUCAACUAA